AAAUGGCUAAUUUAAGUGCAUAUAAACAACAAAUACGACUUAUCAAACAAUAUGCUCUUGAACAUAAUAUAUCAGAAUCACAAACCACUGAGAUAUUUAACAAGUGCUUUCAAAUGCUUGAGAUAAAAUAUAGUAAAAAAAUUUGGAGUAUUUCAAAAUUAUUAAAAUAUAUUACAACAUUUAUAUGUGUAUUAUUAAUUAUUUUCAUUGGCCUAUAUAAUCAUCCUUUUUAUAAUACUAUGGUAUUGAGAAACCUGCAGAGUUCUAUUUAUCCUGGUUUAAAAAUUUUGCGUAAAAUAGCUUUACCAAUUAUUGAAAAAUAUCCAAUGUUGUCAGAGUUAUAUGAUGAAUGGUGUUUAGUUGAAAAUCAAUUUUUUUAUGUUAGCGAUAUGGAUUGUUGGCCAUGUAGUAUCAUGAGUUCGGUACCUGAUCUAACAAACCACAAUAUAACUAAAACAUUUAAUAUUGGCAUUCCCUAUACAAAAGCAGAAAAUAAUGUAGCUGUUAAUAUGCAAGAUUUAUUUGAGAUGUACUGGUAUAAUAACAAUACAUUUAAAGAAGAUUCUAAUAGAAUAUUUUCUAAUAAUGAUGCAUAUCGCACCAUCCAUGAUGUUAUGGAUAAAAGAUUGGAUAUUUAUCCUUCUCAGUUUCUUACGACUCAUAUAACAUGGAGAAUAAAUCGUAUGAAACCUGGAAGGAUUAUACGGAAAUUGUUCCCAAAACCUAUGGAAACUCCCAAUUGGUGGGGUCAAAGUAUAGAGAAAUUUAUAUUUAUUGAUGAAGCAAACUCUCCAAUUUAUUCAUUGCCGAGACCUGAGUGCAGUAAUGUUAUAUUAAGAUUUACUGAUGGAGCAAGAUUAAUAAAGAUGAUGCCAAGCUUAGAAUGUCAACAAAAUUGCAAAACUUCUACAAUUCUUCUUUCAAAUGGAUACACAUGUAUGUUUCUUUUUUAUAUCUAUGCUCUAUUUUUAAUAGAAGGAAACCUACUAAUUUUUAUAAUUCUUUUAGUAUGGUAUAAUUGGUGGUAUUGGCGUCCAAUGAGUCUACCAGUUUCUAAUUCAACUACUAUUUCUAUAAGUUAUCUUACUUCAUUUUGUUAAAAUUAUAAAUUUUGUUAAGAUUAAUAAAUAAUAAAUAUGUGCAAUAUGAUAUUUUUGCCAAAGUUUGUACAAUAAAUAAUUUUA